GGGAUGGGUGUGUGCGCCCCACUGCGGUGUUGUGCUGAUGGCGGCCAAGAAUGCUAGCAUGAUUGCGAGAUAGUGUGAACGUUAUCUGACCUGGAAAACUACCCAUUAUUUGAGACAUGUUUCGCUGUAUACCGCUGUUUAAGGGGUGUAAUCGUCAAGUGGAGUGCAUAGACAAGCGGCACUGCUCGCUCUCAUGUGUACCAGACGACAUAAUCCGAUAUGCGCGCAGUUUGGAAGAGCUGCUUCUUGAUGCAAACCACAUUAAGGAACUCUCAAAGAACUUCUUCCGGCUUUCCAAGUUGAGAAAGCUAGGUCUGAGUGACAAUGAGAUCCAAAAGCUGCCUCCUGAUAUUAUGAACUUUGCACACCUGGCGGAACUGGAUGUGUCAAGGAAUGAUGUUCCUGAUAUUCCAGAGGAGAUUGGGAACUGCAAAUCACUCCAGGUUCUUGAUGUCAGCAGCAACCCCAUUACCAAACUGCCACAGGGCCUGGUGCAGCUGCGCAACCUGACUGUGCUCGGCCUCAACGACAUGUCGCUGACCUCGCUGCCGGCCGACUUUGGCAGGCUGGUGAACCUGCAGUCGCUGGAGCUGCGGGAGAACCUGCUGAAGGCGCUGCCGGCGUCCGUGUCGCAGCUGCGCCGGCUGGAGCGGCUGGACAUCGGCGACAACGAGAUCGAGGAGCUGCAAUCGACAAUCGGUGAGCUGCCUUCGCUCAAGGAGCUCUGGCUGGACCACAAUCAACUGACGCACCUGCCCUCGGAGAUCGGGCAGCUUCACAACCUCAAGUGCCUGGACGUGUCGGAGAACCGGCUGGAAGACAUCCCGGAGGAAGUCGGCGGCCUGUUCAGCCUGGAGGACCUCCACCUGUCGCAGAACUUCCUGGAGGCGCUGCCCGACGGCAUCGGCAAGCUCGGCGAGCUGAUGAUCCUCAAGGUCGACCUCAACCGGUUGGCCGCCUGCAACCAGGCCGUCGGAAAGUGCGUCAGCCUGCAGGAGCUGAUUCUGACCGAGAACUUCAUCACCGAACUGCCCGAGUCGAUCGGCAACCUGGCGCACCUGACCAACCUGAACGUGGACAGGAACCGGCUGCAACACCUGCCCGAGCAGAUCGGCAACCUCUGCGAACUGGGCGUCCUCUCGCUGCGCUGUAACCAGCUGCAGUUCCUGCCCGCCUCGCUGGGCAGCUGCUCGGCACUGCACGUGCUGGACGUGUCGGGGAACAGGCUGCAGUACCUGCCCAUCACGCUGCAGAACCUCAGCCUGAAGGCCGUCUGGCUGUCGGAGAACCAGGGCAAGCCGAUGCUCAAGUUCCAGACGGACGUGGACGAGCGCACGGGCGAGGAGGUGCUCACCUGCUUCCUGCUGCCCCAGCUGGACGACGCGGAGGAGCGCGAGUACACCAACGGCCGGCUGUACCGCUCGUCGUGCGACGACCUGUCGACGGACGCCGGCAGCGACCACGAGUGGGAGGAGGACGCCAACCGGGCGGCCGUCGUCAAGUUCCACGGACAGGACGCCGGCGACGAGGAGGACCUGGACAGAGAGAGCCACUUUGUCCGCCACAACACGCCACACCCGCGGGACCUGAAGGCCAAGGCGAACAAGCUGUUCGGCAAGGGCAGGAACGUGGACGGCACGCCGAUGAAGACGGGCGAGGAGCACCCGCUGUCGUUUCGGCCGGGCCGCGCCAGCCCGCCCCCGGACACCAACGGCGGCCGCUUCAACCCCAACUUCCGGCGUGACCUGCCGCGCUCCAGCGACCUGCGGCUGGUCGACCCGGGCACGGGUCAGGUCACGGAGCAGCUGGCCAGCCCGCAGCACGACGAGGCGCCCAGCAUGAGCCUGUCCAGCAGCGCCGCAGAGGAGCCGCCGCCGCCCAUCACUGAGCUGGAGCGGGAGCCGGCGGUGGAGGCGCCGGCCGCGGUGCCGGAGCCCGAGCCAGAGCCGGAACCGGAACCGGACCCGGACCCGGAGCCGGCCGACGCCGCCGACGGCGGGCCGCGCCGCGUCGGCUUCAGCGUGCAGGCCGGCGAGGAUGAGUCGGAGCCACCGCCCGGCGAGCGGCCCAACCGGCUGCACCGGCGCGACACGCCCCAUCACCUCAAGAACAAGCGUAUCAGCGACAAGGUGGACCAGGACCAGGUGGCGUCCAUCAUCGCGCAGCUGCGCUCGGAGCGGCCUGACCAGCCGGACAGCGAGCCGACCGUGCGGGUCGUGCAGGAGCCACACGACAUCACCGUCCAGCGCGCCGCCUCCGGCCUCGGCCUGAGCAUCGCCGGCGGCAAGGGCUCGACGCCGUUCCGCGGCGACGACGAGGACGUGUUCAUCUCCAAGGUGCUGGACGGCGGGCCGGCCGACCUGGCCGGGCUGAGGGUGGGUGACAAGCUGACGUCGGUGAACGGCGUGCCGGUGCUGGGCGCCGACCACUACGAGGUGGUGGGCAUCCUGAAGGCGGCCGGUGACGCGCUGCACCUGUCCGUGGUGCGUGAGGUGACGCGGCUAGUGCCGCCGCCGCCGCCGCCGGCCGCGCCCAA